UGGUAAUGUUAAUUCCUUGAAAUUUUACAGGUGAAGUGUUUAUAUUUCCAGAAAUCAUGUUUUGCCGGUGGUUGCUACUUAGUGUUGCAGGAUCCCUGUUAGUAUCCUGUCAGGUACUAGCUCAGUUUAACUCCACGGACCCUUCACUAAACUCAAUACUGACAAACGCUGAUCAGUCUAGUCCCAUCAUCCGAGCGUACACGCUGUCUAAUGAUUUCCCUAAAAGAAUGGUCAAUUCUUACCUGAAACUUCAAAGUAACAGCUCCUCCAAUAAGUUUCCGCUUAAAAUUCACAAACGCAGCAUUGAAGAAAUAACGAAGGAAAUCAAAUCAAUUGUUGGGGAUUCAAACGUACGGGUUGCAACUGAACUCCAGCAAGGCUUGUCCUUGUCAGAUGUCUCCCUCUUGGCAGUGAACAAUUCUGGAAGUUCUUCUCCAGAUGUGACAUUGAACAUCGGUAACAACAGCGUCACCAUUCCGGGCGACACGAUCCCUAUGGGACCAAAGGAAUCCAAGCAGUCGUCCAGGGAGCGUCGACAGCUUCAUUCCGGAGAAGACGAGGCUAGAACGUGCACUACACCGUCCCAAGAACUCGGCUACUGUAAAGAUUUAGCCGAUUGCCCCGAUCUCAUUUUGGACCUGAAUACCCUAAGGCGUUCCGUGUGCUUCAAGAGCAUCUUUGUCCCUGGUGUUUGCUGCCCAAAAUCUGGACAACGGAGUGACGAUACCACCACUCAACGUCCCAUUGGCGUCCAACGACCCUCGAGGCCAACUUCCGAGACGCGACCCAUUUCUCGGCCCCAGCCUCCUAAUGUGAAUAUUUACGACGCGGACCCUGCAGCGUCUCAGCCCAACCACGCCUUCGCCGCUCGGCCACACGCUCCUCCGGUUCACCCUAACGCUCGUUUCCGUUGCGGCACCGCUCGUGUCCCGGAGACGCGUGUGGUGGGAGGCCACGAGGCGGCGCGGGGCAAGUGGCCGUGGAUGGCCGCGAUUUUCCUUCACGGACCAAAAAAAACUGAAUUCUGGUGUGGCGGGUCUCUGAUCUCGGCCAAGUUCGUGCUCACUGCGGCUCACUGCACCAAAGACCCUGCUGGCAAAACUUUCAACCCACAACAAUUCACUGUAAGGUUGGGCGAUCACAACAUCUUCAGCCACGAGGACGAUCAUCUGAGCAAUCCAAAAACUUACAAGGUGUCCACGAUAAGACCACAUCCUGAGUUCAAGUCCCGGGGCUUCUACAAUGACUUGGCCCUCAUCAAACUGGCGGAAGAAGUUCUCUUCAACGACUACAUCGCUCCCAUCUGCUUGCCGCCUCCGGACAUGGCGGUCAGGGAGCUAGACCACCUCGUGGGCUUCACCCCGACCGUCAUCGGAUACGGGUCUACUUUUUACGACGGUACGGAAAGUCCUGUGUUGAGAGAAGCCAAGUUGCCAGUUUGGCGGAACGCGGACUGCGACUCUGCAUACCUCCAGCCCAUCACCGACAUCUUCAUGUGCGCCGGGUACGCUGCAGGAGGCACCGACGCUUGCCAGGGCGACAGCGGUGGCCCAUUGCUGCUGUACGGCUCCAGCCUGCAGUGGAUACAGAUCGGGGUUGUGUCGUUCGGCAAUCGUUGUGCAGAGCCUGGCUACCCCGGCGUCUAUACGAGACUCACCAAGUUCAUGCCCUGGAUUCACGACAACAUGUUAUUAUGAAGCGUGUGACCUUCAAGAUAAUAUGUUGAUGUUCUCUAGGUCUUGAUAUAGAUCUGUUGACUCGCGAUAGUACAUUCGCAUGAAUUUAAGCUACGUGAUCUUAAUCAUACGUUAAGAAAAGAAUAAGAUAACACUUAUGAAGGUAACACUGACUUGACAUUAUUUUUUUAACUGGUUUAUUACUCAUGUGAAGAUAGUGAUGAAUAUUCUUGAAAACCUGCGACGCUGUAAUGUGCAAGUCAUUGCUGUGUGAAGGACGCUUCUCGUCGAGGAAAUGCGACACAGUUUGGGUCUCAAAGAUUAAUAUGCCGCCGUUAAUGGCUAUAACAGGUCAGUGUAUAUGCGGAAAAAUACCCAAAAUUGAUCUAUUGUAGACCUAUUGUGCCUCUUGAUAGCAAAAUCUAUAAACAGCAGGUAUGACUGCCAUAUUUUUUCGUUUGCACUUUUUUACGGUUUUCAAAUUUAUUCAUGUCUAUUUACGUAGGCAUUCUUGGUUGGAGUUGACAUUCAACCUCAAGCUGAUAGAAUCGCGCGUUUUCUAUGAGUUUGCCACCUUUCUCGUAUUUUAAGAGAACUUAAUGUUGGGAUUUGUACAUACACUUACUUUUAAUUAUAUAACGGACAUCAAAAAUUUUUUGUUAUGAAGAAGCAUCGAGAGCCAUCCAAUGGAUUGUUACUAGUUUCUGGUGCCGAAAUACUAUUUUUUAUAGGUACAUCGAAAUUUGAACAUUUCGAUGACGCUAGCAUCUUAUUUCGACUAAUUCUAUUGACUCAUCGCUGUUGUCUGUUCGAGAGGUGAUUAUUUAAACACUGGACAAUGUUCGUCGUUGCACGAACUGCAUUAACUCUCAAUUUUGCUUGAAAAAUCUUGUGCUUGCGUUCGUUUGGUUUCGAUCUUCAAUGUUGCGUAGAAUAUUAACCAUUAUUGCUGAAAUAAAACGACGAUAAAGCUUCUCAUGCCAAUAUAUUUCGUGCACGGUAAAGUCGCCAGUCUCACCCGGAGCGAUUAACAUCUUUUAUCAUCCUGGGACGCUUAUCAUCCCGGAUUGAGUGUCCAUCUAAACUCACUAGACGGGCAGCUUAGUGACUAGGGUAUGCAUAAAAAAGGUAAAAUGUAUGCACUCCAGCCAGCGAUGGCAAGAUCUCAUAUUUAGGAAAAUUUUCAGUUCACUUACCACUCUUUGUGCGCAUAAAAUUCCUACGAAUCAUAAUCCUGUUGAAUAAGAGUGACAUUAUUGUAUUAGAUUUGGUAAGCAUUUCUCAUUAGGGUACAUUUUAUUUCCAUGCGUCGACGAUAAGGUAAAUUGCAAGCGCAAGUACUUUGUGUUAUUUCAAUUGAAAUUGAAAGAAGUUAGGUUCAAUGAAAAUAUUGUGUCUAAGUCAAAGUUUGUAAUAUGGAACAAUUUGUUUAGUUGUCGACCUAGCAUUUAUUUUAGUGAUUAAAACUAUUUAUGCAA